ACACGCUUCCACACUCUUCACCGUCCCCCCACAGCGCUCUAGUCUCUCUCUCUCUCUCUCUCUCUCUCUCUCCUACCUAUCGUAUUUACACUCGCGCUUGUUUACUCUCCCCGGCGGAUCAUCUACCGAUCUCUCGCCGGAAAAUCCUCGAGAUCUCCAGAUAGCUUUCGUUCUUACUCGAUUUUGAUCCCAUUUUUGUUUUUGUGAAGUCGAAGAUCUUGUCCUUUUCGUUGCUCGGUGCGCCUGAGUCGGCAAUUGGCGAAUACCUGAAGCUGUUAGAUAAUGCGAGUGGAAAUCAGUGUUCUCGUUGCGUAUAAUUGGUGAAGGAAUCUUUAGAUUUCGAGAGAUUCGGGGAGAGGGAACGGCGUGGGCGGGGGAAAUGGUACUAUUUUUGUUCCUGAUCCUGAACUGACGCAAUUGAAUGAGAACGAAUCUUUUUGCUUCUCUUUGUAUGGGGGGACGAGGGGCGAGAUGUGCAGGAUAGAGACGAGCAGUGAGAUCAAGAGCUGUGAAUACAAGGAGGAGGAGGAGGGAGGACAAGGAGAAGAGAGAGAGGAGGGUGGUGAUGGGUCUGAAGGCAAUGGGUGGUGGUGCUGGAGAGAGUAGGGUUGAGAAGUUGAAGAGUUCAAUGUCGAGGUCUAAGAUGAAGCUAUGGAUGAUACGGGCUACGACGUCGGUUUUGCUCUGGACUUGCGUCGUGCAGUUGACGGCGUUGGGGGAUAUGUGGGGACCUAGGGUUUUGAAGGGCUGGCCCUCUUGUUUCUCCCAGGAGUCCUCCGUUAACAACGCAAUCAGCGUGCCCUCUGUUCCGCCGCUUGUUCUUCCACCAAAAAGGGUUUAUAAGAACAACGGUUACCUGAUGGUCUCAUGCAAUGGAGGACUCAAUCAAAUGAGAGCGGCGAUAUGUGACAUGGUUGCUAUUGCAAGAUAUUUAAAUGUCACACUUAUAGUGCCUGAGCUCGAUAAAACGUCCUUUUGGGCUGAUCCCAGUGAAUUCCGUGACAUAUUCAAUGUUGAUCAUUUCAUUACUUCCUUGAGAGAUGAGGUCAGAAUAUUGAAAGAAUUGCCUCCUAGGCUCAAGAGGCGAGUGGAGCUUGGGAGGGUUUAUUCCAUGCCUCCAAUCAGCUGGUCUGACAUUUCCUACUAUCGGGAUCAGAUUCUUCCUCUGAUCCAGAAGUACAAAGUUGUACAUCUAAAUAGAACUGAUGCUCGACUCGCCAAUAAUGGCCAACCUUUGGAAAUUCAGAAGCUGCGCUGCAGAGUAAAUUUUAGUGCUCUGAGAUUCACUUCUCAGAUAGAGGAAUUGGGUAGAAGGGUUAUCAAGCUUUUAAGGCAAAAUGGUCAUUUCCUAGUACUUCAUCUUAGAUAUGAAAUGGACAUGUUGGCAUUUUCUGGCUGUACUCAAGGUUGCAACAACGAGGAGGUGGAGGAGUUGACAAGAAUGAGGUAUGCUUAUCCCUGGUGGAAAGAGAAAAUAAUUAACUCUGAAUUGAAAAGGAAAGAUGGUUUAUGCCCCUUGACACCUGAGGAAACUGCUCUGACUCUGAGGUCGCUGGAAAUUGAUCCUAGUUUCCAGAUUUAUAUUGCAGCUGGUGAAAUAUAUGGUGGAGAAAGAAGAAUGGCAAGUCUUGCAAAGGCUUACCCAAAGUUGGUCAGAAAAGAGACACUGUUGGAAUCGACUGACCUUAGGUUUUUCCAAAAUCACUCAUCCCAGAUGGCUGCAUUGGAUUAUCUAGUUUCACGGGAGAGUGAUAUUUUUGUUCCUACAUAUGAUGGAAACAUGGCCAAAGUUGUUGAAGGCCACCGCAGAUUUCUUGGGUUCAAGAAGACAAUUUUGUUGGACAGAAAACAGCUGGUAAACUUGAUAGACCAGUACAAUAUUGGAUCACUUACUUGGGAUGAGUUCUCAUCAGCAGUGAAGAAAACUCAUGCGGAUCGCAUGGGUAGGCCAAGUAAAAGGGUGGUGAUCCCAGACAGACCCAAAGAAGAGGAUUAUUUCUAUGCCAACCCAGAAGAGUGUUUGCUACCAUCGGACGAAUCAUUGAGUAGUACGUGACCAUUAUGUUGGGAGAUUGAUACAUUUAUCAGUGUUCUCCUACAGUGCUAGCUGUUUGGCCAUAGAUAGGUCUCUUCACAGGGUUAAAAUGAUUAGAGAAGGAACUUGUUAUGAAGAGAACAUUAUAGGGAUGUGUUAAACUUUCAAGAAAGCCUGAGUGAUCUAUGGAAGCAACAGGAUGGCAUCAUCAUGUUUUUCUACUUGCCAAUAACCCAUCCAAUUCAUGUAUAGAAGCUACCCUGCAAUUACAGGGUGAGAGCAGAUUGAUCUGCAUUGUACACCGGGGUGACGCAAAUACAGAUUUAGUUUAUGCAAACUUUGAAGGUUAAUUCCUUUCCCUUCCA